ACUAUACGUUGAGGAGGAAAGCCGGUAGGCAGGAGGAUUUUUUUUUCUUUUAUUUUUUUUUCAAUAGCGAAGUGUUGCAGUGGCCCAAAGGCCUAACACGAGAUCUUAUUUCAUUGAAAACUCGACUACUAAAAGCAUCAUUUCCGUCUAGUACCUCAUGUUAAUAUCAACUAUCCGUUUUCAAACAACCGCUCUUAAUUCUACGCUGGUGUUAGACGUAUAAAGCUUAUCUCAGUUCUAAACAUCGGGCAUGUUCUAUCGCCUUUAAUUCGCGCUGUCUGUGUUCCAUGUCUGGCACACUUGUUUCUCGGUUCCACAAGACACUCUCAAGCUAGUAAGUGUCGGUUCAAGGCAGCAAACUUUUCUCUUGGAUACACCAUGUCUGUGACUUACCACGAUACUAAACCAGAAGGGAUGGAACUUCUUUGCUGCGAACGAAGAUUGAAAACAGAAACAAAGGCAUAUCAAGAUCCCGUUUUGUGUACAGAUCAGGCUUUACAAAGUUCACUUCGGUUAGAAGAUAGAUACACGAUCUCUUCGUCCUAUUUUAAUUGUCUUCAGAAAGAACUCAAGCCUUAUAUGAGGAAGAUUGUUGCAACCUGGAUGUGGGAGGUCUGUGAAGAAGAACGAUGUCAACAAGACGUUUUUCCAUUAGCUAUUAACUGUUUGGACAGGUUUCUUUCUCUUGUGAAAAUUAGAAAAAGUCAACUUCAACUUGUAGGUGCAGUGUGUUUGUUUUUAGCGUCUAAGGUCCGGCAAACGAGAUGCAUCUCGGCGGUAAAGCUCUGCGGCUACACGGACAACUCUGUCACAUUGGAAGAACUUCUGAACUGGGAACUCCUCUUGCUGAGUAGACUCAAAUGGGACGUUUCAGCUGUCACUCCCAAUGAUUUUAUAGAGCCAAUUCUUCAGAAACUUCCCCUCGUUAGUGGGUUCAAAGUGGUAAGAAACCACGCUGAAACUUUCAUUGCUCUCUGUUCAAUAGAUUUCAAUUUCUCCAUGUAUCCACCGUCAAUGGUAGCAGCAGCCAGUAUUGGGGCAGCGGUGCAAGGCUUGCUGUGGUUAGACAAGCAAUGGUCUUCUCAGAAGGAGCUGUUAACGAGGCUACAUCAAAUAUUGGGCAUUGAAAUGGAUUGUCUUCGCCACUGUUUGGAACAAGUUGAAGAAAUGGUUAGUUCAAAUUUAUCGUCAACAAGCGGAGCUCAAGUGGUGCCCUCUGCCAUGAAAGACUCAAAUAAACUAAUGAAUAUUGCGGAUUUUGAGAGUACUAAACCCCCUACACCAACAGAUCUUCAAGAUGUCCAUUUCUAAUGCUAUAAUGGGAGUGUAAACUGUCGUAUACCAUACAGUGUUUGACAGAGUUGUUUAAAAUACCCAUCAGCACAUCAAGUCCUAGUCAUUAUGCAUAUAUUUGGGGACAGUAAUAAUGCAGCAUCACUCGUUGCUGGGAUUUUUACGAUUGUACUGUACUCUAGAUAUUCAAAACUAUUGGACAACGACCAUUGAACUCAUAUUUUGAAACAAUAGUGUUUUUUUAAGUACCUCGGAACAACUCGAGCAAUAUCCAAAAUUUGUACAUUUAGAGCAUUCCAAGGAUGUGUAUUCCAUGCUGUAAAGUACUUUAGAAAAACUGGAACAUAUUUUUUACAGACACAGCUCUUAGUUUUUAGUGCAACAAAAUUUAAUAUUGUAUGAGAAAAAAGUGAGAGGGAGAGCAAAAGAGAAAGGCCGAGACAGAACCAUUAUUUUUACCUCCAUGUGAUAACUAAUAUUUGUGGGAAGAAAUGACAAUAUAUUGGAAUAUUAUUAAUGUCAUCGCAGUUCAAAAAGUGUAUCAAUGUUUUAUUCUUUAUUCUUUUGUAUGCAAAACUUGUGAUAUUCCUGUGCUAGACUCUUACUUUAAUAUUAAAUUGUACUUAAGUUGAACCUUUGGAAUAAUUUUCCUGUUUUGAUUUGUAUAAGCAUCUUCGUAUGAAGUUCUGAUACUGUGCUUGACGUUUUUGUUUACGAUGCUUGGUUUCAUGACAAGUAAGAAUAAGUUAAGAUACGUAUAGGACAGUAAUUAUUAUCACAAUAAUUACUCAUUCGUAAAGAUCGUUAUAUCCGAGUCAUAGGUGUAAGGAAGCCGCCACAACCAUCUUGAUUACUUCAAUCUUAGUGUGGAAAAGAAUGAGUUAGUAACUAGGAUUUUGUAACUUACUAAAGUGUGUAAUUGAA